GGCGCGAAUUGCGCCGACAGUGGCUCCCUGGAGGAUUGAAGAGGCGUCGUCGGUGAUUAGUGAAAGCUUUUAAACCGCUGAUUUUUUGAAGCACUGUUAGAAUUGUUCUGUUUAGAUUAAGAUGUCUAGCAAAGCAAGUUCUUCCAAGAAAAGGUCUCAACAGUUAAAAAGAAAACCAAAAAGAAAAAAGGAUGCUGAGGAAAUGGAGUUACCAGAGAAAAAGGUUAGAAACAUAGCAAAAAAUAAAAAUCCAAAGCAUCUGCCUUCUGAAGGACAAACAGAGCAUACUAAUCUAAAACGGGUUAAGAUAGCAUCCAACAAGAGAAAAACCUGGCAGCCUCUUUCAGAGAGUAGUAGAGAGCAUUUGCAGACUAUGAUGGACUCAAUAAUAAUAGCAGUUUUGAGUAACAAUAUUAGAGAAAAUGAACAAGUUCAGUAUCAUCUUAACUAUCUGAAGAAACGAUUGCUACAACUGUGUGAAACCCUUCAAGUCCCUCCCAAAAAGCUGAAAGAUUUAACUAACGUGUCAAGUCUACUGAAAAUGGAAAGGGCACAGCACAGAGCUAAUGAAGAAGGUCUGGCAUUAUUGCAGGAAGAAAUAGAUAAAAUAGUAGAGACCAUAGAGUCAAUGACUGGUAAUAUUCAGAGCCUAAAGAACAAAAUUCAAGUUCUGACAAGUGAGGUGGAAGAAGAAGAGGAGAAAGUAAAACAGAUGUUUCACAUAGAUAGUAGUGGGGUACUCUGUCUUCCAGAACUUUCUCAGAAGAGUCUCAAAGCACCCACACUUCAGAAAGAAAUUUUGACAUUAAUUCCAAACCAUAACGCUCUUCUGAAGGACUUGGAUGUUCUCCAUAAUUCAUCCCAGAUGAGGAAUAUGUUAACUUUCAUCGAAGAAGCCUAUAAGAGACUGGAUGCCUCUUAAAGAGUUUUUUUAGACUGUUCUGUGUUAAUUUAAUGUUUAUGAGUUUGUAAAACUGUUAGCCGAUGAUGAUACUGCAGAGGCCGAGGCUUCUUCAGGUUUUAUUUCCAACAUAUACUUAAAAUUAGCUUCUGUAGAUCUAUUAGCAUCUAAUAUAGUCCUAAAAACUGUUUUUAGUAGUUGCCAAAUCUAGGAACUCACAUUUCUGUUGCUGUGUCUCUGGUUGUUUGAACCACAGUCUAAUGAUUUAUAAUGGCUGAAUAGAGUUCAUUUAUUGGUUAGUGCAGAGGAACUGUGAUACUGUAAUGUAAUAUAUGUGAAGUGUGUAUAGUGCC